ACGCUUGUCUCUCGCGUCGUUGCCGGUGCAGAUGUGGACGAUUUCUGCAGCUUGUGCGACCCAGAUAAGGAGAAUUUGUGCCUCUACGGCCUUCCCAACGGGAGCUGGGAGGUGUCGCCGCCGGCGGAGGAGGUUCCUCCGGAGUUGCCCGAGCCGGCGCUCGGCAUCAACUUUGCGCGCGACGGCAUGCUGCGCCGCGACUGGCUCACACUCGUCGCCGUCCACUCUGACUCGUGGCUCAUCUCUGUCGUAUUCUUCUGUGACUCGUGGGUCAUUUUCAUGCAUGUGGUUCUUGCCAAUGCAGCUGCUCUCAGAUUUGAAAUGCACAAGUGCGUACUUACCUUGCAUGCACAGGAUGACAUCAGUGGACAGGAAACUAACUGA